AUGGGCGGUGGCGCGUCGCACGAGGAAGCUUCCAUGGUCAACGUCGACGAGGACGGCAACCUCAGCAUCAAGGAGUCGUUCCUCUCGUUCCUCAUGGACGCGAUGGACCUCGACGUCAAGCGCCCGGUCGUCACGAAAGAGCACGAAGCGCUCAUCAAGGCCAACUGGGCCGCCGUCAACAAAGGCACGGUCGCCUACGAUGCGGCCAAGCACCUCUCGCCAACCAAGUUCUUUUACACGACGUUCUACUCGCUCAUGUUCAAGGAGGCGCCGUCCAUUCGCCCGAUGUUUCGGUCGUCCAUGACAGUCCAAGGCAAGGUGCUUGCGGGUAUCAUUGGGACCAUGUCGACCGUCAUCAAGUCCAAGAACGUCGUUCAAGUGUGCCAAGACCUCGCGGCGCGCCAUACGACGUUUGGUGCCACAAAAGAGCACUAUAACGUCAUGGGGCUUGUGCUCAUGAAGACGCUGGCCAUCAUUUCGGGCCCCGAGUGGAACGACGCGGUCCACGAAGCGUACUUGACGGCGUACUGCUUCCUCUACUACCUCAUGCUCCCCGUCAUCAUGGACAAGCAACCCAAGCCGAUCAAGCCGAGCCUUCCAGGUAAAAUCACUGCGAAAGAAACCAUUGGCGACAACACGGUGCGGCUCUCGAUCACGAUGGACUUUCCGCUGCGAUACCACGCCGGCGACUCGAUUUUACUGGGGCUGCCACUGCACACGGGCGAGGUCCGACGGAGCUACGCGAUCUCGAGUGUGUACGACGCCGAGGUCAAGCCCUUCGACAUUUGCGUCGAGGCCGUGUCCGAAUCGUCCAAGUGGCUCGUCGAGGCCAACGUCGACUCGGUCGUCAACGUCUACUGGAUCAACGGCGGCGUGCACUUUGAAACCGACACGCCCGACUCGAUUCCCAAGAAGCUGCUCUUUGUGAGCCAAGGCAUUGGCGCCGCGCCGUUCCAUGCCAUGACGAAGGGCUGUCAUAGCAUCAAGGACAAGUGGGACGGCGACAUUGCAGCGCUGCACGUGACGUCCAACCCAAUCAGCGCCUUCCAGACGAUCCACUGGGACCGCUGCACGAUGGCGACGGCCAAUGAGCUCUCAACAGAGGCACUGCUCGGUGUCGCGCCCGACCUUGCGCAUCGGCGGCUCUACAUUGCCGGCUCGACGGCGUUUGCGGAAGAACCAAAAAACUCUUUCUCGAGGCCGGUGGUCGCGCCGCCGAGAUUGAAAUCUACUCGUUCGAGAACGCACCGUUCAUUCAAGAGUCCCUCAACCGCUCCGUAG